UGACUAAACCCUGCCUCCCUGCCUCCCUGCCUCGCUCCCUAAACCCUCUUCCCGCCAACGCUCUCGCUCUUCCGACAGCGAGACGAAGUCCACGGAACUCUCCGACGAUCCGCCGCCAUGGCCGCGACGGUCACGUCGAGGGAUGUUCAAGAGAUCAUCUCGAAGCUGUCUUCCGAUAAGGCCAAGAUCCGAGAAGAGGGAAUCAAGUUGUUGAACAUAUGGUUGGAUGGAGAGAGAUCCUUUGGCUUCUGUAAAUAUCUUGGGCAACACACUGCAAGGCUUUCAUCAAAUGAAGUACCUCACUCUGAAACAUGGCCAUUUCUUGUCAAAUUGCUCAUCCAGUGCGUGUCAUUGGAGGUAUCAUCCAGCAAAAGGAGGUUGCCUAAGUUAACAUAUGCAAAAUCUCUCAGAAUCGUGGUCCAAAGAGCGCAUGAUACAAAGUUUUCAGGCGAUGAUUUGCCGCUGAUAUCUGUGGCGAAAGUGCUGCUUAAUCACAUAUGGGAUGUCUUAAGCAAUGUUCCAAGCUUUCAAUCAGAAUAUGGCUUGAUUCUACGGCAUCUUUUGGUUGUCAGAGAUUAUCAAUUUCACAUGAAGAAGAAAAUAUAUGGCAACAUGGUGCUUCUGUUCAUGGAGAAGGUCGAGACAAGCUCGAGUGGUCAUAGUCAAUCGAAUCUCAAAGAGGAGGUUUUUCGCUGCAUUUCGCUGCUGCAGUGUAUGCUGGAAAAUCCUCCGGGUGACUACCCAGAUAAUAUUAGAGAAGAAGUUAUCGAUGGUUUUGUUAGGAUAUUCUCUUUUGUUAGGGAAGAGGGAAAGAUAGCACGCAAACUUCUUGAGUGUGUUAACACGUUUUUGCUGAAGGAUGGUCCAAAUUUAGGUUGUCAGGCGUUGAAAAUUCACAAGACAGUGCAGCAAUUUGUGUUACGUACUUGGUUGGCUUCACGGGGUCGAGGCCUUAAGGAUGCACUUAUUUUGUAUGCAAGGUUGCAGCUAAAUUUGGCUAAAGAAGAUGAUGGGAAGGGUCUGGUUGAACAACUUUUGGAUGUUGUUUGUAAGGAUCUCGAUCAAAGUGCUGCCUCUACCAGAGGCGUCCCUUGGAGUGAAGUGGUCAAGGAUGAUAAAUUCGGUGUUCUCGGUGGGUCUCAUUGUGGUUUGGUGGAACUGGCUGCUCUCGUAUUCUAUAAGUCAUGCAUCAGCUCAAGCAAAGCACCAUCUCCUGGAAAACGGAUUAAAAGGGAACAUGCAGCCAUCCUUUUGAAAGAGGCAUUAAUGGGAGGAAAGUGGUCAUGGCAUGCUGCAUUCUGUUGUCUUCUUCUUAGAUACCAGAGUUGUAUUAGCACAGACCUUUUCACCUACUGGUUUGAGGGCAUAUGCGCCAAUUUUGAAAGGAUUAUGAAUGAUGCCAACACAGAGCAGAGUUAUGAAGGUUUUUUGUGGACUUUGAGGAGUUUGCAGAAGCUAUCUUCACUGCUGUCUCUCUCAGGUUCACUCAAGGAGUUUGACUCGGGCUGGCAGUUGAUAUGGAACAGUCUGAUGCAUGGUUUGCCACUGUUCAGUAAUAUAACCAUGGUGGCUGAUGCUGCUCUCAUGCUCCUUGGAAGCCUGAUUUCAAGGGAUUUAGUUAUUACCUACUUAAUACCUGAGGACAUAUGGGAUCUAAGGUUAUUCACACGAACAACGUCGGAGUCUGUCUUGUAUUUCAUUUCCAGUUACUUCUCCAAGAAAGGUUCUCAAGUUGACCCCAGAGACAUGUUACAUCUGAGGAAAAAUCUGUUGAGAACAGUCUUAGAUAAUUUAAGAUGGAAGGAUCCAACCCUGUUCAAUGAGAAAAUUGUGCUUUUGUUGCCCGCGUCCAUUUCUGCCCUUUGUUCUGGUUAUGAUCCAUUUAAGCAGCGGCACAAAUGGACUCCUUUGUCAAACUUUCCUCUAAGUGAUGCAGAUUCUGUUGCCAGUGGAACCAAGGGAGAAGAUCAAUGUGACAAUCUGCCUGACAUUUUUGACUGCUCUGUGGAAGCUCUGACAAAAAUUGACCUAUGUUGCAAGAAGGAGGUUUCCCUUGGCCAUCUUCAUCAAGAAGUACAUCUUCCUCCUCGGCAGUUAAGAGAACCGCUAUUACAUGACUUGGAAAUUCAUAUCGAAGGAGCGUUGGUGUUCGAGGAUCCUAAAAGCAAGCCUCUGUCAGAUAUUUUCUUUGUUUGUGCUCACUUGGCUAACUUAAUAUACGCCUUAAAUUUCACCAGACAAAGGGAAGAAGUAGUAGUGGUCCUGUCAAAAAUGGCCAAAUUCUUGUCAGAGCUGUUGGAUAAUGCCACUGCUGUCAUUCAAGAACCCCAAAACGAUGUUCAUUCUCAAGGUUGUUUCGGUCCUAGUGUGUUGUGCGAUGGAACAAGUGCUGUUUUAAUUUCCUUUAGAAGCUUUGUUUCCUCGCCUAUUUUCUUAGAGUGGAGAAAUGGAAAUGCUCUAGAUGCUGUCUCUCAUAGGGCAAUAAACCAGUCCAUGCAGAGGCUCUUGAGAGUAUUGGUUGGUCUCUAUGAAAGUAGAAGGUAUGAAAGAAGCCCUCAGUCUGAUGUGGGCUUAUCUGCUGUUGAUGUGAUGCUUGAUCAAUAUUCUUGCCAAAGUGGUGGAGAUAAGAGUCGUAUUGUGGAUAUGGAAUUGGAUGCGGGCAAGGAUUUCAAAGAUGUAGACAUUUCUCCAGAUGGUGGGGAAAUUGAUUGUGGAAUACCUUUUUCUAUUAAAAGUUGGAAGUUGGGCAUGAUAUCGCUGAUAUCAUGCUUUUUCUCCGUGGUACCUGAAAUGACAUGGGAAAUGUUAUUUGGUUUACUGAAAAUAGAGUGUGAUAGGAAGGUGUCAGAGAAUAUUUUGCAUAGCAUUUGCUUGUAUCCAUAUUGGUCUUCUGCAGUAAAUGUUUCGGAUAUGGUGAAUCUCCUGAAUGACAUGAUGAAGAUGCAAGUCAAUCUCAAGCUGGAUUGUGGCAAUAUAGUAGCUGCUAUUUGUACCUUCACAAGAACUUUGUUGUGCCUAGACACUGACAGAAAAUAUAGGGACUCUAUUGGAUUUUUUGGAGAUGAAGAAUUUGACCAGAGUUUGGCACGACUUGGAGAUAUGGUGUCUGAAAUUGCAGAAGUUGAACUUCUUGAUUGGUUAGGACGUCUAAAGCUCGUUGACAGCAUAUGCAAUUUGGUCCUAAUAUCUCCUAAAGUGGGCCAGAUGCUGAUUGAGAGAUUGCUCACAAUGCUCCGAGAUUCUGACUAUAGAGUAAGGCUGUUCUUGGCUAGACAUAUUGGUGUUCUUUUUCAGACAUGGGAAGGUCAUGAAGAGCUGUUUGAGGAUAUAUGCUCCAACUUUGGUGUUCCGUUGGUAUAUCUUAUGAAAGGAAAGAUUGUCCCUGCAAGGGAUGUUUUAGCAGCUGGUCCACAGCCUCGCCCCGUGAUGGAAACCAUCAUCCUUACUCUGUGUCAUCUUGCCUUGCACAGUGAAAAAAUAGAACUGCAGGCUAUCUUUAUGAUAUGCGUAAUUUCUGCAAUUGAUCCAUGUCACAGGAUGUUGGCAAGUGCAGUGCUUGACAAUUUGUCUAGAAUGCUUCAUUACACUACCAGGUUAAAGUAUCUGGAAGAACUCAUGGGACCUAUCAUCUUCUGCUGGGUUACUUGUGGUGUAAGCUUGGCUGCCCUUGUUGAGGUGAGAAAUUUAUUUGUUUCAGAGGUGGAACCUAGUUACUUUGUGCAGUAUUGUUGCGAUUGGCUUCUUCCAGCAUUCAUUCUGCAUGAAGACAGUAAAUCUCAUCUCACCUGGCUUGCACAGAUUUCUGGUCAACCUUUGGCAGUGUUGGUUCAAAAUCACUUCGUCCCAAUUUUUGCAGUUUGUAUGGCUCUGCACUGCAGUAAAAGCUCGGGAUGGGAAAAAGGAGCAAUGGUGCUCCAGAGUUCAAUUCUUCAGAUUGCUGAGAUAUCUGAGACUGCAAGGGACAAUCUUAUUAAGAAGCACAUGGUGUCCAUAGUUAGCCACCUGUUGUCCCUUGCCUAUGAUGGGUUGGAUCAUCCGCUUCCUUUCUUUUGCAAGGAUAAUAUAUCCUGUGCAAUUCGAAUGGUUGUCGACGGGUUCCUGGAUCAGGGAGACUGUCCUUCAGUGGUUGGUGUUGUGGAUAAGAUUAACAUUUUCCGCCCUGAUAGAGUUUUCAUGUUCAUAGUUGAAAUUCAUCACAAGGUUGCAUCAGCAAGUCAUCACAGGCACAGAUGUCAUAGGUUGGCUGAAAUCGAAGUUCUUGUAAAUAUACUGGAGCAUAGAGCUGCUAUAGCAAGCACUUCAAGUUAUCUUUUCAAUUUGGUUGGUCAAUAUAUCGGUUGCCAUGCUCUGCAAGAUCAGUGUUGUCGUAUAAUAGCCACUUUGCUAAAGACUUUUGAGAAUGAUCCAUCCAAAGAAAUUUCCAGUGUGUUGGGAGAGCAACUUCAGUUUCUGGUAUCAAAGUUGGUUACAUGUUGCAUACCAUCCAAUGCAAAUGGAGAAAACCCUCCAAGUGGAUCAUCCCAAGUUUUAUCUUUGCUUCAUCAGCUAGUUUUACAUUCUGGCCCAUCGCUUCAUGAUUAUAUUAGAGAUUUGGAACCUUUUCCUGAAAUCAAAAUAUUUGAUGAGCUGCGGGAGUUUCAUGAGGAUCUAUGCAUGGUGUACUCUCCAAGGGAUCACUUGUUGAAAUUUGCAAAGAGGUCUUGCUAUCUUCCCCGAAGGCUAUUUCUCUGGAGUCUCCAAGCACUUCAUAAGAAGUUACUAAUGGGAGAAUCAUCUGUAAAUUUUGACGCAAGGAGUACGCAAUGGCAUGAUGAUCCUGAAAUAAGAGAUGCAGUUUGGACGCUAGUUCGCAUGUGUGGCUGUGAGGAUGCUGACGGUGUUGGAGCAUUGGUGUCAGAUCUUUUGUCUAGGGUUGGUAUUGGGGAUUCGCAUUGUGUUGUCUUUCAUCGUCCUGGAGAAUUUAAUCGUGCACAUGUUUGCCAACCCAUAUGCUCUGGGGGGGCUUCAAAAGUGAAGCUUAAACUCCAAACAGGCAUACCUGAAGAACUUCUAUCGGCAGUUUUGAGACUUUUGAAGAAGUAUUUGAUGGACGAUUCUGUUGUAAUUGUUGAAGUGACAUCGCAGGCUCUCAGGGGAAUUCUUUCAACUGAAAGGGGUCAAAGUGCUUUAUCAACAUUUGAUUCCUAUGAAAGGUCUCUUGUGGAGAUUCACUCAAGGGGGGUUAACAUGGAAUUGGUGGAGAAGCUUCUUUUGGAUUUGGAGCGGAAGUUUAAUGUCGAGGCAAUACCACUGGAGAAUUCUGAAGUAUGGGAAACAUUUGGUAAAACUUUUGAUACAUGGAUCUGUCCACUUGUUUUCUCUCUGAUUGGACAUUGCGAUGAUGUUUUUUUGAGACUAUGUCAAGAUGUUGUUUCGUUAAAAGUAGAAGUGGCUGAGCUCCUGCUUCCGUAUAUUAUGGUCAACCUGGCGGGAAGGAAGGGUUUGGAUAAUGAUUUUUCCAAGAUGAUCUCCUCACAGGUUCAAGAGCACAUAUUUGCUGAGACAAAUAGGUUAACCAAAUCAAUCCAAAUAUUUUUGGAUGUUUUAAAUGGGCUUCGUCUCUACUAUAGCCUGGAAGGGUCUGCUUCUGCUUCAGUAUUAUCGAAACUGGAAUGUUCUAAGUAUACUACGAUCUCCAGUCAUGGAUCAAAAACGCGUUCCUCCUCAACAAAAGCUAGAGAUUCAACUUCUAAAUUGGCUUCUUCUGCAUCAUCACAUUCAUGGGAAAAGGUUUAUUGGAUGUCCAUUGAUUACCUUACUGUGGCAAGGUCGGCUGCUUCUUGUGGAUCAUACUUUACCUCCAUUAUGUAUGUAGAGCAUUGGUGUGAGGAGAAUUUUAAGAGUCUCACAUUGGGGAGGCCUGAUUUCUCCUAUUCUGAGAAGCUUCCCUGUCACAUUGAGAUACUGGUAUCGGCAAUUACUCAAGUCAACGAACCUGACAGUUUAUAUGGGAUAAUUCAGUCGCACAAGUUGACCUCUCAAAUCAUCACCUUUGAGCAUGAGGGAAAUUGGAGCAAGGCCCUUGAAUAUUAUGACUUACAAGUACGGUCAAAAGCGAUGGUGGCGGAUGACAAAUGUUCCAGGACAGUGUUAGCAGAGACCCUUCCUUCAACAGCUCAUCCAUCUUCUUCUACAUUUGACGGUGUGACUGGGCUGGGAAAACCUUACAAAGGGAUUGUUAGAUCUUUGCAGAAAACUGGUUGUAGUCAUGUGCUGGAUUUGUAUUUUCAAGGACUGACUUCUCGUAGAGGACAGUUCCAGUAUGAUGAAGAACUUAAUGAAUUGCAGUAUGAGGCUGCUUGGCAUGCUGGGAACUGGGAUUUCUCCUCACUUUACAGAUCUACUGCUCUUUCUUCUGGUCAACAGUUUAGAUGCGACCGUUUCAAUGAAAGCCUCCACUGUUGUUUGAGGUCACUGCAAGAUGGGAAUCUUGAUGAAUUUCAUGAAAAACUCAAGGACUCAAAGCAGGAGCUUGUAUGGUCUCUCUCUCAUGCAAGUGAAGAAAGUACUGAACAUAUCUAUUCAACAAUCAUCAAACUCCAGAUAUUGUACCAUCUUGGCAAAGCUUGGGAUAUGCGUUGGAGAAAUUUCUCUUCCAAUAAAUUGAAAUUGUAUCCAUGGAAGCAAAAAGUAUUUUCUGAAUCUUCAACUCCUACAAUGGACCAGAUGGUUUGGCUGAAUUCUGAUUGGGAAUGGAUUGUGAAACGAACAGAGCUGCACAUGAAUCUUUUAGAGCCUUUCAUUGCCUUCAGAGGAGUUUUGCUCAAUAUUUUGAGUUGCAAGGACUGCAUGGUGCAACAUCUUUUGCAGUCUGCCUCCACCCUUCGGAAGGGUUCUAGGUUUUCUCAAGCAGCUGCAUCUUUACAUGAGUUUAAGUACCUCGUGGUUGGGAGUGGUGAGCCAGGCUCUACAUUAUGUUGGACUGGAAUGCUGGAAGAAGCAAAGCUUCUGCGUGCCCAGGGUCAGAAUGAGAUGGCCAUCAGCCUUGCCAAAUAUGUUUCAGAAAAUUUCCCACUAGACGAAAAGGCUUCAGACGUAUAUCGCUUGAUUGGAAAGUGGCUGGCAGAAACCAGAUCUAGCAACUCGAGAACUAUUUUGGAGAAAUACCUGAAACCUGCAGUUUCACUAGCUGCGGAUCGUAAAAGUACAGAUAAGAAAUCCAUAGAAAGACAAGGUCAGACCCAUUUUCAUCUUGCACACUAUGCAGAUGCUCUUUUUAGGAGUUAUGAGGAGAGACUUACCUCAAAUGAAUGGCAAGCAGCGAUGCGGUUAAGGAAACACAAGACCUUGGAAUUAGAAGCACUUGUAAGGAGAGUGAAGAGAUCAAUGAAGGGGGAGAAGACAGACUACUCAGUGAAAAUACAAGAGUUGCAAAGGCAGCUUGCGAUGGACAAGGAAGAAGCUGAGAAAUUACAGGAUGACAGAGACAACCUUCUCAACCUGGCUUUGGAGGGAUACAAGCGUUGUUUGGUCAUAGCCGACAAAUAUGAUGUAAGGGUGGUGUUCCGGCUGGUUUCCUUGUGGUUCAGUCUCUCUUCCAGACAAAAUAUCAUAAAUAGCAUGCUUAGCACAAUUGACGAGGUUCAAUCUUACAAAUUUGUACCACUAGUCUACCAAAUUGCUUCUAGAAUGGGAAGUUCAAAGGAUACUCAAGGACCUCAUGGCUUUCAGUUUGCUUUGAUCUCUCUUGUCAAGAAGAUGGCCAUGGACCAUCCAUAUCAUACUGUCUUUCAGCUUCUAGCUCUGGCCAAUGGUGACCGAAUCAAGGACAAACAGCACAGUAGAAACUCAUUUGUAGUGGAUAUGGAUAAGAAGCUCGCAGCAGAAAACCUCUUACAGGAGUUGUCAGCACAUCACGGAGCUAUCAUCAGACAAAUGAAACAAAUGGUGGAGAUCUACAUCAAACUUGCAGAACUGGAAACGAGGAGAGAGGACACCAACAAAAAAAUAUCCCUACCACGAGAAAUCCGGAAUCUUAGAGAGCUAGAACUUGUGCCAGUUGUGACAGCUUCCUUUCCAAUUGACCGAAGUUGCCAGUAUAAGGAGGGCUCCUUCCCAUAUUUCAUGGGAUUAGAAGAUACCAUCACGGUAAUGAAUGGAAUAAAUGCGCCAAAAGUUGUUGAAUGCUUUGAUUCUGAUGGUCACAAAUAUCGGCAGCUAGCAAAAUCUGGAAAUGAUGAUUUAAGACAAGAUGCUGUGAUGGAACAAUUUUUUGGUUUAGUGAAUACUUUUUUGCAUAAUCACCGAGAUACACGAAAGAGAAGAUUAGGUGUACGAACCUACAAGGUCAUCCCUUUUACACCUAGUGCGGGUGUGCUUGAAUGGGUUAAUGGCACUCUUCCUCUAGGUGAAUACCUUAUCGGAAGCAUGAGAAAUGGAGGUGCACAUGGUCAGUACGGGAGAGGAGAUUGGUCAUUUCAAAAAUGCCGAGUGCAUAUGGCUAAUGAAAAGGACAAGCGCAAAGCAUUCCAAGAAGUCUGCAAGAACUUCAGGCCAGUCAUGCAUCACUUUUUCCUGGAGAGAUACUCAUUGCCAGCUGAUUGGUUUGAGAGAAGGCUUGCUUACACAAGAAGCGUGGCUACUAGUUCAAUGGUUGGCUAUAUAGUCGGUCUAGGAGAUCGACAUUCCAUGAACAUUCUAAUUGACCAGGCCACUGCAGAGGUUGUUCACAUCGACCUUGGUGUUGCCUUUGAGCAAGGCUUGACGCUGAAGACGCCAGAGCGGGUCCCUUUCAGGCUAACAAGAGACAUCAUUGAUGGUAUGGGAGUUACGGGAGUAGAGGGAGUGUUCAGAAGAUGUUGUGAAGAGACUAUUUCUGUGAUGAGGACAAAUAAAGAAGCAUUGCUGACGAUUGUUGAAGUUUUCAUCCAUGAUCCACUUUAUAAAUGGGCUUUAUCUCCAUUGAAGGCUUUGCAGCGUCAAAAGGAAACGUCUGAUGACCUGGAGACAUACUUUGAAGACUCUCAAGAUGAAUGUGAAGGGAAUAAGGAUGCUACAAGGGCACUGAUGCGUGUCAAGCAAAAGCUGGAUGGAUAUGAGGAGGGAGAAAGGAGAAGCGUGCAUGGUCAGGUCCAACAACUCAUACAGGAUGCCAUUGAUCCCGACCGUCUAUGUCAACUGUAUCCUGGAUGGGGAGCCUGGUUGUGAAACAAACACAACUCUACCUCCAGACUUGUGAAGGCACCCACCACCCAGUCAUCCUGUACAGGCGGCUGUGUAUAUUAUUCUUAUUGGCUGAGUCAUGUAUUGGGUGUAGCGGGUGUUUGUAAGAAUGAGAAAAGGAUCCCAGUUAUUUCAUUCGAACUUUUUUUUUUGGGUGCCCUUCCUAAUUCAAGCUCAUUCAAUGAUAUGGUCUGCUAGCUCUGAUGUAACCAGCCCGAGAGCCAACAUCCGCAUCUAUAGUUCUCAAUGUCACAUUACGUGGUGUUGGUGGUGGCUCCCUUUUGUGUUGCGCUAUCAAUGCCUAUGUGUUUACUUUUUCCAUUUUC